UACAAAUGUACUAACGUACAAAGACAACAUAUAUUCUAUGGAACUGGACUUUGUAAUUAAUAAAAUCAAGAACCAUUUCUGCUCAGGUAGCAUUGACCCCAAACAGAGAACCUUGUCUUGAUGAUUCACCUAUUUAACUGCAGAUAUUCAUUUCCAUCCCAAAUUAAGAAUUCAAAACAACCCAAGUUUGCAUUUCAAGAACUUUGCUAUCUUCCUCAUGGAUUUCAAGAACCACAAUCUUGAAUGUGAAGGUAUCUUCCGUGAUGGUGACAUUGUUGAUGAUGAUGCUUUCUACGUCGAACUCAGAAGGCAGAUUCUGCUUUUAACAGCAGACGAUGAAGAUGAAGAUCCUCAGCCGACCAGACUUCCCAUUUCAGUUGUUGAUUCGAGACGAGGACCAAGCAGAUUAACAAGCUUUUCCUCUUGUGUAUUACAGCAUGGAGAUUAUUUCCAUUGGUGGGAGAGUGAGAAUACUGAUUCACCACCUACUUGGUUAGUGAACUUGUGGAAGAGAAAUAGCAAUGGAACUGGAGUUUUCAUACCUCAAUUAGUUAAAUCCAGAAGAAGAUAUAGACAUGCAGGAAAGACAGGCAAUGAGAAUAGUAGGAUAUACAGGGCAAAAAAACAACUAUGAAUUUGCUGUAGCGUGGAGCUAGAUAUGUAUAUAUAUACUGCAACAAAUUCUUGAUAAUGGUCAUAUGUUUCUAAGCAUGAUUAGGUAUAAUUAAGACAACACAAGUCUGUAUGUUUUUCUUAUUGUAACUCAGGAUGAUACUGUAAUCAUCUUUCCACACAGUAAACCAA